CGCUGCAAACUUACAGUUACAAUAAGCAGACAGCAGAGGAAACAUCAACUAACCAGUCAGCAAGAGAGCCAGCCUUCGAGACAAGUCACCUGAACUGUGGAUAAGCAAAUCCCCCACAACUCUUGAGUUUAUCGAGGAGCACCGAAACACCUCUACUCGGCGCCCUUGGAAAGGAUUUUUUCUUCUUGGUUAGAGAAACAGCCGCGUUGGAGCCCUCAUAUUUAUUCCUGUGCAAAAACAGAAAUGCCGGCAAGGGAUUAGAAGCGGAACCAGUAAACAAUCUAUCAGCAAAAUUGCUGAAGAUUUUAGCCUAAGUGUCCUAUAAGUAAAGUAAUUUAACUUAAAAUUCUGACUGACCUUUCCUGUGAUACAUUUUCAAAAUGUCUGAAAUCAAUGUAUUAAGCUGCACUAGGACAUUAUUCCUUUAAACCUAAUACUAAUAGAACUCUUAUAUAAGUUUUAAGACUAUUGUUAUUUUACCAAUAUAAAUAAAUUUGCGGUUAAAAAAAUUUCAAGCUAAAAUCAAUUGUGUGGUUUUUAUUGCAUUACGAGAACUUAUUGCUUUUGACCCAGUUUCUAAAGGGGGUUUUUCAAAACAAUUUUAAUAAUUAUAUCUUCGGAUAACGACCGAUGUGGAUCACACCUGGUUUUGUAACACAAACAGUGACAUAGGGCCAUUUUUCAGGCCACCACUAUAAUAAUCAAGUUUGAGUUCUUUAGAAUUCCCUAUAUGCGGCAAUUACACAAAACAAAUUAGCUUUCUGCGACUUAUUUUCGCAUUAAAGUAUGUAAAUAAGGAUUAUGCAUUACUACUACCGGAAUACAAAAAUACCGAGAAAGGAGUUUCUAACAAAACUAAUUAUUGGGAUUGGGUUACAUAAAGUAAAAAUGCAGUUAGAAAAAGCCUUAUCUGAAGCCAGCUAAAAGAAGUUCCAGAUUUAAAAGUGGAGAUCCAAUUAAAGUUUCUGAUGGAAUCCCUAAACAAACUGUUUAAAUAUUUAAUUUCUUUGAAGGCCGAAAUUUAUACUGUUAAUGUCAGAUAUUUUUAUGGUUUUGCUGGUUUAGAACCAAAUAGUAUUAUACUCUUAGCAAGAGUGUAAAAAACGUGAUUUGAUUGUUUACUUUUAGAACCAGCUUGAGCACGUUUAUAAUGACUAGUCAUAGUAACUCUUAUGAGUCAUGGCGCGUGCCAUCCAAUGGCGCCAAUUACCGUGAAGUAGGGUUUGUCGUACUUAUCAAUGGACUUAUUAAGGUAACAUAUUAAAUUAUUACAAUUUAUUCGUAAAGCCCAUGGAAUGAAUCAGCUUUAAGAACUAGGCGUUCUGUGGUAACAAAAUUCAUAGCACCUGUUAAAACAUCUCAUUCACAGUUAUAAAAAUAGAACAGAUCAAUGAUCGAUGAUAAAAGUGCAAGUCCUAAAUAGAUUUUCCCAGUUCAACCAACUCCCACACAAAAGUACUGGACGGUAGCCCCACUAUAAAAACUUAAUGUUAAACAAACUAUCUGUCUACCUGGGUAAUUUUAUGCAUUGCUCACGAGCAGCGCCACGUCGAUAUAAAACUCGUUACCGAGUGGAAUUUCAUAACAGAACCGAACUGAACAUGCAAGCGAUUUUCAUAUUGUGCACCGUCCUUGUAUGCGCUAUUGUAUUGCUGAAGCUAAGUUGGGGAGGCGGAAGUUUGGAUACCCAAGGCAUAACCAAUUCGACCACAGAAUCAUUGCUGCAGAAGAAAACAUAUUCGUCGUCCAAAUGGUUUAAAGACGCAAUUAAGUACAAAGCAGAGGAUAACGAAUUAAAUAGCAUUCCUGACCAAGAACUUGCGACAUCAAAGGCCAGGCAUCAAAGGCUUCUGAAUAUUUUAAGACGCCAACAAGAGCAGGACAUCUUAUCAGAAGAUUCAACAUUUAAAUCAAAAGAUACCGAAGAGCCAGCUAAUACCGAAUAUACGACUAACAACUGUGAUCCAAUUCUUCAGGAUGACUGCCAGCCAGAAUCCAUAGGACCGAGACUAAGUGCCAAGUUACUAAAGAUCCUUGCAUAAAUUCAUUGAUGUAUUCUUAUUUAUUGCGACUAACUCAGAUAAAUAUUAAAUUA